CCUUUCAUUCUCGGAGCCUCGCGUUACGUAGAGCCAAUUAAAGGAGAAGGUUUACUACCAAGAAUUUCUCUACUCUCAAAGUUCGAAUUUAGAACAUUUAGUUAAGGAUGGAAAGAAAAUCAAUGUCAUUAUAAUGGGUAGCUUGUAUAUUCAAACUUGUUAUCUUAGGAGGUAACGGGUUUGAGCCGUGGAACAACCUCUUACAAAAAUGCAGGAUUUUACAAACAUGACAUCCACCAUUGUCAAGCAAAUUCCCUACCAAAAACUCAAACAACAUAGCAGCUAUUUUGAAGAUGAAGAAGAUAUGGAUUUAAUACACCUGAGGGAAAAAGUAAUUGGUAAAAUUAGGAAAAAACCCUCUUCUUUUUGGAAUAUUAAGUUCAGAAAAGUGCACCUGAAGAAGCGAUUGAAGAUAAAAGUUCCAAGUUUGAAGAAAUUCUUUAGGAGAAAAGCUAGGUUCAUUGUUGCUGCAUUGGCUAAAACGUUAAAGAGAUUGAAGGAAAGUCAGUCACAUUUUGGGGAUCUUUUCGCUGGGAAUUAUAUGUUUAUGCAGGUCACUCCGACUCCAGUGAAAAUUUGUGCCAAUUACAACAACAAAUCUCCAAAUCUGAAGACCAUCGCUGGCCCUGAUUACCUCCAAAAUGGAUUUUCAUCAUUAGGUUCGGCGAGAUAUUGUAAUUAGUUAUCAUUUGUUUUAGCAUCCAUUAAUUAGCUCGCACGCCUUGUGUUUGGUAGGACGGAAGUUGAUAUUAAGUGUAAUUGUUAAUUGGAGCAACAAGUUGUUUUCUAAUCCUUUGCUUGUAAUUUUUUUUGGUCCUAAACUGUUAGUGGUUAAUGUUGUGAUUCACUACUCUUUCGUUUUCAUAGUGCCGGGUCUUUUUACUGGU